ACAAUUAUCAUUAGUCGUCUUCAGCCGCCGCUCGCCUGAGCUUUUGUUCAUCUCCCCCCGAUUUUAAGCUACUCAACUUUCUGAGAUUAAUCAAAUGGAGAUGGAGUUUGAAUCAAGGUACGAAAUUAACCGGACGGUAGAGUUCAUAAUCAGCAAAAGUUUCACCAGAAUAGCUUUACAGUUCCCAGAUGAAUUGUUGAAGGAAUCAACUAAGGUCGUGCGUGCUCUUAAGAGCAAACUUAAGGAGAUGAAUUCUGAAAAUGACAGAGAAGUUAGGUUCUUUGUUAUGGCGGACACGACUUACGGUAGCUGCUGCGUUGAUGAAGUUGGAGCUUUGCAUAUUGAUUCUCAAUGUGUUGUCCACUACGGACAAACAUGUCUUAGCCCGACAUCGGUUCUUCCAGCAUUCUUUGUUUUUGGUAAAGCAUCCAUAAAUGUCUCGAGCUGCGUUAAGCAUUUGCUUGAUUACAUGUCUAAGAGCGAUAAGCCUGUUAUGAUUCUUUAUGGACUAGAAUACGCUCAUGUGAUUCCUUCUAUUCAAGAAGAGUUAAGAUUAUCGAAGCCCAAGUCUCAGUUGAAAUUCUAUGUAGCCGAUGUCUUGUGUUCAUUCAUUAGUCCAUCCAAGGAUCCUAGAGAAUCCAUGGAGCAUCCAGUACCAUCUGGCGAAGAUAGCUUGUCCUCAUCUAGAAGCUAUAGAUUAGGAGGGUUGACUUGGGACUUACCAGAAGGAAGCAAAAUCGAGGACUAUUUGCUUUUCUGGAUCGGUUCUGACAAUUCAGCUUUUGCUAAUGUAGUACUCACCUUCAAUGGCUGUGACGUAGUCAGAUAUGAUGCUGAAGAAGAUUCUUUGGUUACAGAGUUUACUCAACAGAGAAGGAUACUUAAAAGACGAUAUUACUUGGUGGAGAAAGCUAAGGAUGCGAAUAUUAUAGGCAUCUUGGUGGGGACUCUUGGUGUUGCUGGUUACCUUCACAUGAUUCACCAUAUGCAAGCACUCAUAUCUGCUGCUGGAAAAAAAUCUUACAUUCUUGCCAUGGGACGGCCUAACCCUGCCAAACUUGCAAACUUCCCGGAGUGCGAUGUUUUCAUUUACAUCUCAUGCGCCCAAACGGCUCUUCUAGAUAGCAAAGAGUUCAUGGCACCUGUCAUCACUCCAUUUGAAGCCAAUCUUGCUUUUAGCAGAGGGAGUGAAUGGACAGGUGCAUACCUAAUGCAUUUCCAAGAUGUGAUUAUCAACUCUUCGAAACCAGAAUCAGAAGCAGAGAACGGGUCAGAGGAGGAGCCACGCUUCUCUUUCUUUCAGGGUGGUUACGUAGAAGAUCACAAUACAAACGAUGAAGCUGAGAAUGGUGAGGAAGAGACAAUGGCGUUGGUACAAGCUGCAGAGAAAGCAUUGCAAUUGAGAGGCAAAGAUCAUAACCAACUGGCGAAACAAACCGCUGCAAAAUCAGGACCUGAGUAUUUCCUCAACCGUGCUUACCGUGGUCUUGAGAUAAACAGCGACAAUACUAAGCCGGAGCCAUUCUUAGUAGGGAGAAGUGGCAAGGCAUCCGGGUACAAGCACGAGUAACAACUCCAAGAAGAAACAUUCCUCUGCUUGAUCCUUUGAUUUGAUCAAGAGCCUGACCGGACAAUUUUGAGUUUUGUUGGAUUCAUUUUGUUUGAUGCUCUUACGUAUGUCAGAAAAGGAGUAAAAGGUAACAUUGCUUGUGUCUGUUUUCUCCAGAGAGCUGUUGGUCUCAAGCAAAGUAAUAUUUUGAAGCUUAGAGCAUAUUUCAAUUGCAAUAGUUAAAUUGUGCAA